AAUUCGCAAUAUUAUGCAAACUGUAUUCAUUGUAAAAACAGUGGAAUGUGAGUCUUGUUGUCAAAAUAAUUUUCUUUUCUGACAGUUCAUAGGUGGAAAAUUCAAGGAAAAUAAGAAAAAAUGUCCUUCCGAGGGCGGAUUAUUAUGAAAAUAUUAAAUAUGUGAGCGGCGUUUUUCACAUCGAGUUCCAUAAUUAAUGUUUUGAGUGAAAGAUGAAGGUACAUCUCCCGGGAAACUGUUAACUUUGAAAAUGGAAGAAAAGUGCACAAUGAAUUUUGUGUGUUCAGAGUUAUCUUCUAAUUUGUUUCAAAAAUUGUAUGACCAGAAAAAAUCCAGUCGUUUUUGUGACAUAACGUUAUAUGUGAAUAAUAAGAUCAUUAAAGCUCAUCGUAUUGUCUUAGCAUGCAGCUCCCCUUACUUUGAUUCCAUAUUGAAGCACCACAAAAUAAUGAGGGAACAGUUAACAGUAAACUGCUUGAAUAGUGAAAUAUUUAAUGCAAUAGUGAAUUACAUGUAUACUGGUGAAUUAACAGUGGAGCAUUCAAAUGUGGAGGAGCUAUUGAAGUUGGCUGAUCAUUUUAUAAUUCACAAAAUAGUAGAAUAUUGUAUUGAAUUCUUAGGAACGAAAUUGAAUAUAGAUAAUUGUCUUUUCACAUACUUCUUAACUAAGAGGUUUAAACUAAAACAUCUAGGAAAUAUUGUGGAGAAUUGGAUCGCAAGUCAUAUUGAUGAGGUAUGUAAAGGUGAAGAAAUUAUGCAACUAAAUUCUUCCCAGCUUAAGGAUUUCUUUGAAAAUAAGUGUUUUAUAUUAUCAACUACAAAAGCUCUUACUGUUCUUUCACAAUGGGUAUUAGUGGAUAUCGAGAAGAGGGAAAAAGAAUUUGACAGGCUUAUCAAAUGCUUCCCAACCCACGUUUUAGAACCAGUGGAAGUUUUCAAACAUUUAGACACAUGCAUUUUAUACAAUAGAAGUGACAUAUGCACCUUUCGAUUCUUAGAUUAUUUGUUUCAAAACAAUUGGAUGUUAUCUAAUUUCAAGGCAAGAUACGAUGCUUUGCACCCUAGAUUUGGUCAAACACCUCCAGAAAAAUUAAAUGAGAAUGAUCCAAAAACUAAUAAAGUUGAUGUGAGUGAGAAAGUAGAAACAUUUCCUCAAAACCAAGUAAUACCAGUUAGGGUCAAAGUAAGAUUGAAAAAUAGAAGACAAUUAAUUUUAAAGAAAUUAAUGCUCUUUGGGUUGAGACCUAGUCUACGAAUGGCAGCAUUAAAAAUGCUUAACUGCAAAAAAAAUAAAUAUAUCCUCAAAGAAUUAGAAGAAGAGGCAGAAGAAAAUACAGAGGAAAAAAUUGGAAUCAAAUGUCCCAUAUGUUUUGCUUCCAUAAAUGAUAGCCUAUUGUUAGAACAACAUUUAGCUUUAAGUCAUUCCAAAGAUGUAACAUAUAAGUGCAGUAUUUGUUCUUUUGUAUGUCAGUAUCAUGGCGACUAUCUGAAUCAUAUGAAAACACAUUUCAGUGGACCUCCCUUCAAAUGUGACUAUUGUGAAACCACUACAGAUCAAAUAUCGAAACUGAUAGCACAUCGUUCUCAACACCUCGAAGAAUCAAUUUUUCAAUGUACUUUCUGUUCUUUUAAAUGUCGACAGAAACAAAACUUUGUUUCCCAUCUUAAAGUUCAUACUCCUGAAAAAUCAUAUAAAUGUGACAGCUGUACAAAAACCUUCCGUUUCAAGCAGAGUUUAGACACUCAUAUGCUUACUCAUUCCAAUGAAAAGACUUUAACUUGUGAUAGCUGUGGCUUCCAUACAAAGUUUUUGAGCCAUAUGAUAGCACAUAAAAGAAUUCAUGCAGGUGAUCUUUACCGUUGCUCUUACCUUCAUUGCAAAUACUCUACAUCUAAAAAAAAUCAAUUGGCUAGUCAUGUUAAGAGUCACAACGGUGUAAGACCACAUUCUUGUGGUAUAUGUGGCCGAGGUUUCAUGGAAAAGUCUCAUCUUGUUCGUCAUGAAAGAAUUCACUUAGAUGAAAAGCCAUUCAAAUGUUCCAACUGUGAUUAUGCUAGUUCUAGAAGGGACAAAUUAAAGGAACAUUUUACCAGACAUCAUGGAGAAAAUGCUUCAGCCAAGGUUCCGUACAAAGCUCGUCCCAUGAGAAAUAAUAAUACUGUCAGCACUUCCAGGCCGAAAUCACAGGCAAAUUCCGAUUCUCCUACAUCUACACAUUCAAAUGGAAUAAACUUCUCACAAUCAACAAAUACAACUUCUUCCACGGGAUCUCAACCUUUAAAUAGUGAAAUUCAAGAUCUUAUAAUGCAUCAUCAAUCACACCCUUCUUCUUCAGCAGGUAACAACCUUGCUGCUUUAAAUUCAAACUACCACCAUUUUGGGGAUCCAACUGAUUUUCAUCAUCACAACCAUACUCAUAAUUUGCAUAAUCAAAUUUUGAACACCGGACAUAACCAAAGAGGCUCUCAGCAUCAUAAUAAUAAUCUUGUUAAUCAUCAUAUGCUUACCAGAGGUAACCAUUCAACAGCCACUUCCACAGCAGCUGCUGUUGCCGCUGCCAUGAUGUUGGAUCCAAGGUUUCACCAUAACUCUUCUGUGCCAUAUCACCCUUCAAGUACCCCGGUGUCUAUGGCAAUGGCUGCUGUCCAAUCUUCCCAACAAAUUCAAGCUUCUGGGCAGCAUGGAGAAUAUCCUCCAUCUCUGCAGAAUUGUAUGACUCUAUUUUAGGAUAACAAUAAAAUAUAAAACGACUUUCUGUUAUAUGUUCUAGUAUCAUACUGAAAUGAAGUGUUUGUUGAAUAUUUUCUCUAGAUAAUUCUUACCUUUGUUGAUGUUCUUCCUAUAAAAAAUACUACUAUAUUUAAAAUUUGUGUUAAUAAAAUAUAAGAUUUUU